AUGAAAUCUAUUUUGAUUGGUCGCGGUGGGAAAAAGCUGCCUCUUGUUGGAUUUGGCCUAUGGAGAAUCGACAAUGACUCCUGCGCCGACGCUGUCUAUAAUGCCAUCAAAGCUGGAUAUAGGCUUUUCGAUGGUGCUUGCGACUACGGGAAUGAAGCCGGAGCCGGUGACGGCAUCACCCGUGCAAUCAAAGAUGGAUUAGUGAAACGAGAGGAUCUGUUCAUUGUUUCAAAACUUUGGAAUACCUAUCAUGAAGCACACCGAGUGGAAGAAAUAGUCUCAAAGCAACUGGCGGACUGGCAGGUGGACUAUUUCGAUCUAUAUUUGAUGCAUUUCCCCAUUGCCUUGAAAUAUGUCGAGCCAGCUACCCGUUAUCCUCCUGGAUGGUUCUAUGAGGACAAUCGCGUGGAGCCCGGCACGGCUAGCAUCCAGGAGACCUGGCAGGCAAUGGAAAAGUUGGUGGAUCAGGGUUCCGUCAAAAGCAUUGGAGUAUCCAAUUUCUCGGGCUCCUUGUUAAUGGAUCUUCUACGCUAUGCACGGAUUCAGCCCGCAGCUUUGCAAAUUGAGCACCAUCCUUACCUAGCCCAGAAGCACCUGGUAAAAUUUGCGCAGGAGAACGGCAUGGUAGUCAUGGCCUUUUCUUCCUUUGGAGGCCUGUCAUACCCUCAGGCUGAAAACACCGAAUCUGGAAAGUUUUUGUCGCUUCUGGAACAUCCGGUUGUUGUUUCGAUUGCCGAACGAGUGCACCAAUCACCAUCUCAGGUGCUUCUCCGGUGGGCGACCCAACGCGGCAUCGUGGUCAUUCCGAGAAGCACCAACAUCGAACGGAUGGGCUUAAAUUUGACAUCCACUGCCUUCGAUCUGGAGGAGGGCGAGAUAGAGAGGAUCAGCUCUUUGGAUGUCGGACUCCGGUUCAAUGAUCCCAUGCAGUUCCUCGGCCAAUUCCCUAUCUAUUAUUGA